AUUCCCUAAUAUAUAAUGUAUCUCAGUUUCACCGUCACUCUGAUUCCAUUUACCACCUAAAAACAGUUCAAUUUCUUAAUUUUCUUCUUUAUUUAUAUCAGAUCUCUCUCCCUCCCUCUCUCUCCUCUCUCUCUCGAGCCGCCAUUACUGUCUGUCAACAAAAACCGAGGUCUUUCCCCAGCUCUGAAAUUGAUGAUUGAUUGAUUUUUAUGGGAAAAUGGUGUGAUCUGGAUGGUACAUUCUUGAAAUGGAAACCAAGGCGACAAGCUCGGAAACCCUAGAAGAAAGGAACUCGGUUUUCUUGUGUAGUUUAAGUGAGAACUGCACAUCUGAUGUUUAUGGUGGUCACUGUGAAAUAAGCCAUGUUGAUUUAUCGAGAAAAUUAGGUCAUAUCAGCCUCGAAGAAUCUGUGGUCUUCGAUGGUGUUGCUGGUAAUACUCAGAUAAAUAAAGGGGGAUUGGGAAGUGAAUCUGUGGUUUGUGAUGAUAGUAUUGCAGGAAAUCAAAUAAAUAAUGAUGUGCUCGUUUCGGAAGGGGAGUUGAAAUGUAGUGGGAAAGUUGAGGAAAAUGUUGAAAAAAGUGACGAUUAUGUGUUGCUUCCUCAAAAGCCUUGUUCACCGUCGAAGAUAGAAAUUUCUGGCGAUGGUAUUAAUUUAUCUGUGGAUGAUUUUGAUCCGUUGGAUGGAAUACCCAACCAAGAAAGUUCACUUCAAGAAAAUCGAACUAUAUCUCUUGGUGUAGAAAAUGCAAGUGCCAAGAAAGAAGGGGAAGACGUUGUAGUGGAGCAAGAAGUCACAUUUGAUGUGGGUGAUUUGGUAUGGGUUAAAACUCGAAAUCUGUUGUGGUGGCCAGGUAUUAUAUCCGAUCCAAUCGAGUCAAAUCAUGCAGCAAAGUCCGAAAAAAGGGGUAGCUUCUUUGUCAAACUCUUUGGAAAUAUAUAUUCUGUUUGGUGCAACAGUUUGGAUUUGAAGCCUUUUAUGGAGCACUUUGAACAGAUGUCGGUGCAAAACAAAUCCAGAAACUUUUCCGGUUCGGUGGAGAGGGCACUAUGCGAAUUCGGUCAGCGCGUAAAGACGAAAAUGACCUGCCUUUGCUUUUCAAAGGACGGUCAAAAGCUCGAGAAGUCAAGGUCAAAUAGGGAAGAAAACUCAUUGUCUCAGUUUGACCCUGCGACAUUUUCUGCACGUAUCAGAAAUCUUGCGUGUUCUGUUAAUGCACCUGGUACAGUUGAGUUAACUGUAAUGAAAAUCCGUCUGUCCUCGUUUUAUUGUUCGGUUGGCCAUUGUCAGUUGCCUCUGCAUCUUCUCAGAUCUGGUAGUGACACUGCACAGAAUGUUACAUCAGAAAUCGUGGACGAGGGUCUUAAUAAUAAUGCUUCUAGAAGCUUGCGGAACUCUCGACACGGAAAGGCCCGUGAUGGUGAUGUCACUGUUGGCCAAAGGCGGAAGAGGAAUAUUCACAGUGAUGAUAACAAUGUAGCUACAUCGGGUAAAGGCUCGGAAUCACGAGAAAGGAAGAAGAGCAAGUAUCUAUCUUAUCCUUAUAUAGAUGUAAAAAAUGUUGUAUCAACUGCAGGCACAAAAACAGAGAAUAUCAAGAACUCGUCAAGCCCGCCUAAAAAGACCAAUGAUUUGGGUAGUUGCAGUGUCACGAAAUCUCGGAAAAAGGGGUCAAAAAAAUCUCAGAAAGGCAAUCUUGUAAUUAGCAAAGAAGACGACAUUGAUGCAUGUUCGACCGAAUUGCUAAACGAGCUCUGUUCUACUGCCCGUGAUUGUUCUUACCUCGGUGGAAGCAAGUAUUCUGAUUCGCUGAAGAGAUUUUACGGUAGUUUCAGAAUGUAUACGUUCCUCAAUGCUGAUAUAAGUAAGGAUGAAGUGGUAAUGAAAACAGAUAAUUCGGAAGGAAAAGGAAAAGUCGUAAAAAAGAGGGCUAAGAAAAAGGAGAAAUCGAUAUCAAAAGACCUUGCUCCAAAUUCUGCUGAAGCUAAUGAAGUGCAAAUGAAAACAGAUAAUGCGGAAGCAAAAGAAAGUGUCGUAAAAAAGAAGGCCAAGAAAAAGAAGGAGAAAUCGAUAUCAACAGGCCCUGUCCAAACUGAAGGUGAUGAAUUGCAAAUAAAAACUGAUAAUUUGGAAGCAAAAGAAAGUGCCGUAAAAAAGAAGGCUAAGAAAAAGAAGGAAAAACCGAUAUCAAAAGUUCUCGAGUAUACAAAAGAUUCUUCCAAUGUAGACAGAAACAUCUGUAUGAUUAGCUUUCAGCAGACAUCAAAUACACCGCUACCUGAUAUCGACUCGAUUUCUAUAUUACCAGAUUUGAACAGAAUCCAAACAGCCCCUUUGGUCGAAAAUAUUCCGGUUGGAGAAGCUUCUACAGACCAAGGUAAAUCUGUACCAGAUCAGAAAAUUGAAGGAUUAGCCCGUCCAAAUACAACCGCGACCCUCGAAAAGAUACCGCAGUCGAACGAGUGUUUGACGAAUGGGAUGAGCUCGUUUGCUAGUCAGCCAGUUCAGAUGGAGAUUUUGCCUUCCGUUGAUAAACCCGAGCCUAAAAAAAGAAAAAGAAAAGAAAAAGUUGAAUCUUUACAGGUUCCGGACUUGAACGGAAACGUGUUGGAUUGCAGCUCGUCGGAUAAAACUUUGCCCGAUGAAAAAAAUCAAGAAAAGGCAGAGAAGAAAAGGGUUGUGAACAAAGUUGAAGAUCCAGGUGGCAGUCUUGUCCUAAACUUUGCUCAAGGAAUCCCGUUGCCCUCUAAGGAAAUGCUUGUGGCUACAUUUUCGAGAUUCGGGUUAUUGAAGGAAUCGGAAAUCAAGGUGGCGGAUGAUAAUUCUAACGUGGAGAUUGUGUACGAGAGGAGCUCGGAGGCUAGAUUUGCGUUUAGGAGUUUGGAGAAGAAGAGCAAUGAUGUGUUUGGAGAAUCGCUCGUUGGUUUCAAACUCAAUUGCGUGCCGGUAGUGCCGCCAGCUGGUCAUUCGAGGACUAAAGAGAAGAGGAAUAGACCGAAGGCGGUGAAAACCCCCCAUGUGCCGAUGAAUGCAUGCCAGAUUAAGAAUCUUCCGUUGCCAGAUAUGACGUUCAUAGGGCAGAAUGUAGAGAAGAUGCAUCCGUCAUUCCAAUCAUAG